AUGUUGUACACGCUGUUUGCAAAAGUUAUUACCGCCAGCGCCAAAUCGCUUAACGUCUGUCGCAUUCUUCGCUUACUUUUCGCAGCAGCGAUUCGAUUGAUAUGACCCCCAAUAGCGUAAACCUUAGGCUAACGUAAGUAGCAUCGACGCAGCGAUCGAUGAACGCCGUAGAACGAACGUUUCGCCGACGCGUUUUAGACCAACGAUUAAUUUACCUUCGAUGUGAUUCUCUAUUAACCUAAAAUGCUCUCAGUGAUCUGAGUGUGAACAUUGUCGAGUGUCAUCCUGCCAGCAUCCGAAACUUUUUACGAUUAUCACGUCACCAAAAGAAAAAGAAAAAAAAAAAAGAAAGAAGAAGAAAACUAAAUCUCUGCACCUGAUGAACCUGUCGUUAUUUUUUUCUUCUUUUCUUUUUUUUUUUUUUUUUGUUGGCCUUGUUUUCUUCAGUCCUUUUUCUUUUUUCAAUUUUUGUCUGUCUCCUGUCGAGUCAUUUUUUUCUCUUUUUUUUUUUUUUUUUUUUUUAGCAGUGUCAAGAACCUCUCGAUGUCAUUUCAUUGAUUUCAUAUAGGAUCACUGAUACAGCAACCAAUCGAAAAACAACGUCCGCGCGACGAACAGAGUUGAGUCGAAGCUAACGAUUGAACGUUUCUGCGCCAACAGAUAUUCGUUCGAGCGCAAUUCGACUACGAUCCGCUGGAGGACGAGCUGAUACCGUGCGCGCAGGCUGGAAUCGCGUUCAAGACCGGCGACAUCCUGCAGAUCAUCAGCAAGGACGAUCAUUACUGGUGGCAGGCGCAGAAGGACAACGCGGCCGGAUCCGCGGGCUUGAUCCCUUCGCCUGAACUUCAGGAACGACGUAUCGCGUACAUGGCAAUGGAAAAGAACAAGCAAGAACAAGUGAAUUGCUCAAUAUUCGGCCGGAAAAAGAAGCAGUACAAGGAUAAGUAUCUCGCGAAACACAACGCAGUCUUUGACCAGCUGGAUCUGGUCACCUACGAAGAGGUCGUUAAACUUCCCUAUUCUGUAUUCCAACGGAAAACGUUAGUGUUACUGGGAGCGCAUGGCGUUGGUCGUCGUCAGAUAAAAAAUACCAUUAUUGCGAAGCACCCUGAUAAAUACGCCUAUCCUAUUCCACAUACAACGAGGCCUCCACGGAACGACGAAGAAAACGGUCGCAAUUAUUAUUUCAUAUCGCACGAUGAAAUGAUGGCCGACAUCGCUGCCAAUGAAUACCUCGAAUAUGGUACACACGAGAAUGCCAUGUACGGAACGAAACUCGAAACGAUCCGGAAAAUACACGAAGAAGGCAAAGUGGCGAUAUUGGACGUCGAGCCUCAAGCCUUGAAGGUGUUACGUACGGCGGAGUUCGCGCCUUACGUGGUUUUCAUCGCUGCCCCGGUGUUCCCAAACAUGCCCGAUUGCGACGGAAGCCUGGAAAGACUGGCGAAAGAGUCGGACUCGUUGAAGCAAGCGUACGGCCACUUCUUCGACCUGACCAUCGUGAACAACGAGAUCGACGAGACGAUCGCACAAUUAGAGGCAGCCAUCGAGCGGGUUCAUACGACACCGCAAUGGGUACCUGUGUCCUGGGUCUACUGA